AUGCCCGAAAUUGCUGCCGAGGCCGACGCGGCGGUGGCCGACGAGGCUGCGGUGGUUGCGACCGAAAAUGGUCUCCCCAAGGCCCCCGACUCGCUGGUCUCCAAGGGCCUGCCCAACUUUGGAAUCUUCCAGGGAGAGAUUAAGGACAUGUCCUGGGACAGCCUCGAGGCCAAGCCCUACAACACAAAGUGGCACCACAAGAAGUGGGAGUACGUUGGCAUUGCCGCAGACGACUACUUCUUUGGUAUUGCUGUGUGUCAUGUCGGCUGGUCGUCCACGGCCUUUGCCUACAUGUUUGACCGAAAGAAGGAAAAGGUCACCAAGCACUACACCUCCAACGCUGUGCCUCUGCUGACCAAGUGCGAGAUCCAGGACCGAGCGUUUGGAAACGCUCUCUACUCUUCUCUGGGCAACAAGAUCCAGUUCACCCGAGAGGGCGACGUGCUCAAGCUGUCCGUCGACGUCAAGAAGCUCGCCAUUGAGGCCGAAAUUGAUCUCAAGGGCGCGCCCAUCCUGUGCUCCGUCGCUCGAGCCAACUGGAUCGCCCACUCCACUCACAAGACCUCCGGUCUGCCCAUCAAGGGCCACGUGCUCCUUAAGGAGCAUCACAAGACCAAGGACCUAGAGUUUGAUCUGCCCGAGAACGCCGUGGCCUCCCUGGACUCGUCCAACGGUCUGCUGGCCCGAAACACCGAAUGGCUCUGGGCCUCCGCUCACACCAAGGACCUCGGCUUCAACCUGCAGCAGGGCUACAUGGGCAAGAACGAGAACGCCAUCUGGGUGGACGGCGACAUCUACCCUGUUGGAAACGCCAUUUUCGAGUUUGACCGAAAGAACCCCUUGGGCGAGUGGAAGAUCAAAACUGACGACGGCAAGGUUGAUCUGACUUUCUACCCCGAGGGCGCUCGAGGCGAGGAGAAGGAUCUGGGUCUGGCUGCUUCCUACUACAUCCAGCCCGUUGGUCUUUUCCGGGGCACUCUGGAGCCCGUUGAGGGAGAUCCCAUCGAAAUUGAGAUUCUUGGUGUCACUGAGGAUCAUGAGAGCAAGUGGUAA